ACCACCUCUUUUCACAUACGUGUAGUUUUCUUACUACACCCCCCAUUCUCUCAUCUUUCUCUAUCUCUCUGAUCAAAGAAUAGUAUCCUUUACAGCUUUACCUUCCCAACAACAGUACUUUUAAACCAUCCAUUAAACUCUCUUUCCACUUUUAUACAAACAAAAGAGAUAAUCAAGUUUCUCUUACUUAAAUGCUCUUUCACCCAUUCCACUUCUGUUAUAACAUCCAAACUUCUAAACCUUUCAUCAUUCCUCAAUAUAACCAACCAGUUUCUCUUCACUUCUUUCUUCUUCCGUAUCUAGAAAGUAGUGAAACAGAAACAUAGUAUAGUAGUUUAUUUAUAUAUAGUGAGAGAGAAACAAAAAAGAUAUACAUGGACUUUGGAGGGAACAUGUUCUGUCUAAACAACAGAGACCAAAGUAAUACUAACAAUAACGGUAACAGUAACGGUUUUACUUGGUGUAGUAGUGGUAGUACUACUACUGGUACUGCAUGGAACAUGAAUACUUUCAAUGUUAAUGAGGUAAACAAUUCAGUCUCCGCCGCCAACCGUACUGAGGCAGGUCUAGCUAACGCGCUUAUGUACCUGCCUCAAAAUGAAGGCGGCGGACGACAGUAUCAAAGUGCAUACGGUGGAGGUGUGUCUCGGGGUCAUAUGAUGCCUGAUCCACACCUCACGUGUUUGAAGUUGGGGAAGAGGCAUUAUUUUGAGGAUGUGAGUGGUGGUGGUGGGGUGAUGGGGGAGAAGAAAGGGAAAGGAGGGUAUUGUGGUGGUGGGAAGACGGCGGCGGUGGGAGGUUAUACGGCGGUGACAAGGUGUCAGGUGGAUGGGUGUAACGUGGCAUUGAUGAAUGCUAAGGAGUAUCAUAGGAGACAUAAGGUUUGUGAGAUGCAUUCAAAGGCACCAAAAGUUGUGGUGUUGGGUUUGGAGCAAAGAUUCUGUCAACAGUGUAGCAGGUUCCAUGUUGUAUCAGAAUUUGAUGAUUCAAAAAGAAGUUGUAGAAGGAGACUGGCAGGGCACAAUGAGAGAAGAAGAAAGAGCUCCCAUGAUUCUGUUGGGAGGAAUUCCUCACAAGGUGGGUGUGCUCUCUCUCUUCUGUCAUCUCGGACUGAUUCAUGGCUUUCACCGGCUGACCUCUCCGUAAGAUGCAGUGCUGCAUUAAGCGAAUUGAUAGCAGAAAACCGAGCAUCGAUAAUGGCUAGGCAAUAUGUCUCAGACAGAGACUGGCAUUUGCAGCACCAUGCCGUGGAAGACUACAAAGAGAUCCAAUCCGAGUCCAAUUAUUUCCCACAACAUAUGUUUCCGCAGACACAUUAGUGAUGGUUUCUUAUGGCAAGGAGCUUGGAUACGGAUUUCUCUCAAGUACCAAAGUCAUCGCAGUUAGUCAAUCAAAAUUGUUGGAUGACGAUCAGACGCCUUAUAUAUUGAGUUCUCUUAAAUUUAGUUUAACAAGCUUAACAUAUAAAUCGUCUGAUCAUCAUCCAAUUAUUCGGACUUACUGGUUGUGGUGAAUGCAUAGUAAUGAGACCGUAGAAAUCUUGAUCCAAGAAUCAUGGCCUAAAGUUUAGAGAAAUAAACGUGCCUAAAAGGACACUGUUUAUGAAAUUUUCAACCAUUUAAUAUCCCUAAAAAUAAAAGUUUAGAACUUUUUUUUUCUUCCAGAAUCAGGAUGCUAGCUAGCUGGACUAGUUAGGGUAAUAACUUGUAAGAUUGUAUGUACAUCUCUAAUUGUUGCAAAGCAUUUGAAAAUUUGUAUUGUAUUGAAUUCCAUUGCUUGAGAA